AUGUCUUCGCCCGCUCUCAAGAUAACGACGACGACGAGCAGCAGCUACCCAGCCGACGACAAUAAUGUCUUGCUUUCGCGUGCCGCUAGCUAUACCGACCUCCCGAGCCAAUCCCCGGAAUCCGGUCCUCCGAGCUUAAGACGAACCUUCUCCGAUUAUGCAGUGCCCACCCUGUCCCAGUCGCCGACAAAGGAGGUCGUGGCUGCAGGCAAGGAUAUUCUGCGUCGGACGUCCCUUCGCUCGAAAAAGAAACCCGAGAAGUCGCCCGCCGCCGUUGCCCACUUUACACUCUCUUCAUCGGAAGAUCUGAAGGACUUGGACACCCAGAAUGUGACCGCGACGAAAAUGCCGGAAACGAGGGCGCCCGAACCUGUAGCUCGGCCAUUGAAGUCCCGUUCCAUGUCCGGACGGAUCGUCAAUUUGGCACGGAAGCCAUGGGGGUCUGCGUCUCGUUCACCGUCCCCGGCAGCAAAGAGGACCAAACAAAGACCUGAAGAAGAAUCUCCUACCCGGUCGAGUACACGCAAGACGGAACAAGCUGAUAUGGAUGGGGCACAGCCGUCGCGCAGGCGAACGGUACUAUACAAACGGCCACGACGGCCAAUGGUAGCGGUGGUAACAAAGGGCAAUUCGGACUCUCCAGAUUCACCCAACAGUCCGUCGAACUCAUUACGAAACAAGACUUCUUUCGAGAAAUUCACAGCAUCUCUCUCGGUGACAACUCCGGUUCUACCUCCUAUGCCCAAGGGUGCUGCGGCAACCGUGGCGUCCUUUACAAACAACAACAGCAGCACCAUUGAGCAUUCACGCAAGAAGGAUGAACUGUGGGGUAUUUUCCGCGGCCUCGAAGCCGAUUUCCAGAAGUUUCAAUCCAAAUCGAGCUCCCUGAAAGCCAAUGUCAUUCGCACUUCACUGCUCCCGUUUCUUGGUCGCCAUCAUCUCCAUGGCUCCUGCAAGAACCUCCGACCCGAAGAUUUGGAUCGUCGAGUCAAUAUUCUCAACAAGUGGUGGAUUGGAAUGCUGGAGAUGCUCAAUGGCAAGAAUAAUCAAUCGAUAUCCGGCACUGACCGGCCGGUCUUUCUUGAGGCCGUGGUGGGCAUUAUGACACGACCUGAAUGGCGAAUCCCAUUCCCUACAGCCCAGCAGAACGAUGCACCGACGGAUUCGUUGAAAUAUGCAUCGACUUCAGUAUCGGAGACCUCUGAUGGGUCAGGCUCAUCUGGAUCGGAUUUUCUGGUCGAGUCCAUUCACCACAAUAUUCGAAAUGUUUUCGUCCAGAAUCUUCUGUCUCAAAUGGCAUUCGUGGUGGAGCGGAUGUCCAUGAGACACGCACCCGCCAGCCUGGUGGCCUUCUGUGGAAAAGCAUGUUCUUAUGCCUUCUUUUUCUGCCCAGGAGUGGCAGAUAUCAUGGUGCGCCUGUGGAACACGCCUCCGACUGCCUUCCGUCGCAUCCUGGCGGAAACAUCUCAGUCUCGGACUGGAAACAUGCGUGCCUUCACCCAGGAGCUAGCUUUGAGCUUCCCACCGGCUCUGCGAUCUCUGGCAUUCCACUCGCAUGCACCUUUGCUGCGGUAUAUGAGACACAAGCCUGAGCCACCUCUGAACACCACCAAUAUUCCUUGGAGUGGCCCUUGGAUUGCACGCUGGUGCGGACGUGACACGGAUUUGUUCUUCGUCUUUGUCAAGUAUAUCCACAUUCUGUACGCGGAGUACAUGCCGCCGGAGACGGAGAAAGCGAACAGGAUUUUGGCUCCUGGAUUGCUUCUCGUUCAUGCUCAACUUCUGAUUGCCAUCGAGGAUACGAUCUACAAGCAGUCUUUGCACCAGCCGGAAAACGCUCAUGCUGCUGCCGCGAUCACUUUCGACGAUCUCAUCGAAUCGCCAGAUGCCUCCGCUUCUCCCCACUCCCUCGCAGGUGGUAGGAACAGCCAUCGAUCCAUGGCGGAGAAUCGUCUGAUUAUACUUCUACGAGACCUGCUCUCAGAAUCCUCUUCCGAGCCUAAUCGUGCACGUCUGCUUUAUGCGGAGACUUUCUGUGGACUACUCAAGGUUGCGGCCCAACGGAUCUCUCUAUUCGAUCAUAAUGCAUGCUUCCUACUAUGCGAUUUCCUGGAAGAAGUGAUCCCGAUCGUCACGCGAUAUGCGCAGUCUAUUGAGACUGAAUUGUUCGAUUGGAGUUUCUGGUUGGAGGUUUGCCGGCAGAUGAUGCAAAGCCAUAACUCACUGACAGAGGUGCGGGUGUUCUCUUUCAUCUACAGCAUCUGGGGCACCUGGGCCGUGACGGAGGAGCGGAAGGCUAGCCUUUGCUUGAACUUCUUCUUGCAUGAGCCGGUAUUCUAUCAUUAUUUUAAUCAUUGGAGCCCGAUGGUGCGCGCCUACUAUCAUCGUGUGUUGUGCUGGAGGAUCGGUCGUUUCAGUGGAGACCCUUCGCCGCUUGACUCAACAAUAUAUGAGACGCUAUCUGACAGGCUGUUACGGGUCUGGGAGUUUUACAUUGGAUUCCAAUCCAAGGCAGAGCAGGGGCUUACUGCGCCACUGUCUUCUGCUCCUUGCACCCCGGCGCCAGGCCGGCGGAUCAUCAUCAUUAGGUGUGAUACUCAGCUGUCGCCAGUCAACCUAUUCGUCUCCUUUGACCGAGUGGUCCCGCCUGUUCCCCCUGAAAAGGUCACCUCACAUCGACGAUCCAGCUCUGCCGACUCCACUGGUUCAGACGGCCAGCCACCGAAGCGACGAUGGGGCCUACUUCGCUCCAUGUUUGGUGGUUCGGCUAAGUCCGAUUCUGCGGGUGGCAGUAGUUCGGACGAGGACAACAGUGCUACGGAUCUGACGGUGACUCCGGAUAGUCGGUGCAUGGACGAGCAUGAGAAAACUCCAAACCAGAGCUCGGAUGAGCUUGUUCGACCAAAGACACCGCACCAGCCGUACUUCUUCAAAUUCUCUCUAGAAUGGAUGGACCGGCCGAAUUGGCCCACCAAGAAUAAGCGACUGUUCACGCCCUGCCUCCCGGUGGCUUCGCAACUCCAUGUGCAGCACUGCCGAUCUCGGUCUCCCUCGAAGUCUACCGAGUUUGAUACCGCGUCAGAGAACUUGUCUACUUCAGAUGAGAAAUCGACGCAAGGAACCAACCAGACAAACUCCUCUCAACUAGCUGCGGAUAGCCAGGCGAGGACACCUACCACCAAGAACUCUCCACUUCCAGAGCUUCCGUCUCGUCCUAAACAAGACUACGUCGUGACCAGCAAGUACGCUGGCCGCGCUUUGGCGGAAUGGGCACAUAUCGUCUCCGAAUGUGACAGUUUCUUCGCCCGUCGCCGCGACGAGGGCGUCCCAUCUGACCGCAUGGUCGAAACGCCCAGUCUGGGCGUAGAGAGCUUUCGGAAAUAG